UAUUAUUAUCUGUUUUGUAUUCAUUCUAUGGCUUUAUUUUUUUAUGUAAAGUACGAAAUAAAAAUGUCUUUUUGUUAUAAUUAAUUAUUUCCUAAUUUUAAGGACUUGCGCUCUGUGACUAAAAUAAGAAUGGGUAAAUUGCAGAAAUACUUUGCGAACAAUGGCCUUACAAGGGGUACCUUCAGGACUUGAUACAUUUCCAAACACACCUGUUGUGGUACUCGCACGGGCGUUGUUUUACAAUAAAUACGCAACGGUGAGAGUUCUCGACCUUGACAUCUGAAAAAAACCUUGACAACAUGAUUGCGGACGACGAAGAGGCUGUUAAGAAAAAGAUCGACAAAACAUGCUCAGACAAUCUUACAGUGAGUUUGGACACGACGUGUGACGUAAAAAAAUCGGAGAAGGGCGAUGCGGAGGACCCCAAGCCGCGGAUAGUGCUAACCAUUCGGUCGGAAAAGUCGAGCGCCAAGAGCAACAACAUGAAGAUUGUGUCCACGGAGGAGAAACUCGAGGAGGUGUCGCCGCGACGUUCAAGCCGCACCAGGGGCAAAUGGGAAUGGGUGUGCGACAGCGACACCUCAGCCUCGCCCAAGAAAUACAAAUCCGCCUCGGAGAACGAUGACUCGGACGCUCACAACGCCAAGCGGUCCACCAGCCGGCGCAGUAAAGACACUGACAAUGUUGUGGCCAACGCCAUUGCUCGGAAAGAGAAACUCUACGAGGACAUCACUCCGCAGCGAUCCACGCGCCGACAGAAACCCAAGGGACCAGAAGAAACAGCAGAUAAGCUAGGAGAUAGAGUUAAGACACGCCGGUCUGCACGACCCACAGCUACUGAAACUCAGAAGAGUAAAGCCAAAGAAGAUAUUGAAAUGGAUAUCGUGGAUUCAGAUGACGAGGUGCUGGAUCGAGGUAACCGUUCACAGUUAAGGCACCUGAGCGAACUCGGCUUGAAGGCUGUCACCAUUGAGGAUGAUGAAGAAGUUGAAGAGAGUGGAGAACUGGAAGAGAAUGAGGCUGCGGAAUUAGAAGAUGAUAGAGAUCUGGACGAGGAGGCGGAAGCCAUUGGCAAGCUACUGGACGAGGAAGAGGACUCGCCCAGCGAUGGGGACGAGGACUUCUACUGCUCUGCGGCUGCAUCACCAAGUGAACAACCCAGGAGGUCUAAAAGAUUGUGCUCUUCAUUCACAAAUGACAGUGACUGUUCAUCACCAGCUCGUGAGGAUGAGCAAAAGAUACCGCGGCGGCGUUCAUCGCGACGUGCAGCCGGUCUCACUCCCGGGGAAACCAGUGAACACAACACUCGUCAGAAGCGCAAGAGUGUUCGCUCGAACCCAGGUGAGGAGGCGCAUUCCGACGCCGAACACGAAGAGGACAGUAACCCCGCGGGUGGUGACGAGGGGUCCGAGGCGGCGUGCCCCACCGACGAGUCGACAGUGGUGGCCACCUGCUACUGCGAGGCGCCCAGCAACGUGUACGCGGCGCCUGGAGACCUCGCAGAGCCGGUGUUCUGCCAGGCGGUGGAGACGUCGGAGGGCGCGCGCGUGGGGUGCUCGCACGGGGCGCGGCGCGCGGCGCGCGGGGCGCUGGCGCCGCUGCUGCGCGCCGGGCCCCGCGCGCCCUACCUGCUCGCCUGCGCACUGCACGCCGCGCAGCUGCGCAGGCACAUGUGCUGCCCCGCCUGCGGACUCUUCUGCACGCAGGGCAUAUUUUACCAGUGCUCCAAAGGCCAUUUAUUCCACCUGGAAUGCGGGCUGCCAUACAACGACGCGAAGGUGCGGCCCGGCUGUCCGCACUGCGGCGUGUACUCCUACAGGUGGCAGCCCGCCAACAGGGACUGCUACAAGGUGCAGCUGCAGAUGAAGUGCAGCAAUAAGAGGAUAUUCCUGCCCGACCAGAGAGAACAGUGCACCCCGGCAUACUUGAGUUUCUCCACACUAUCACCGUCACAACUGGACACAACUCCAGUUAUCCCAGAGGAUCUGUUGCCACCAACCCCACUGAACCUGGAGUUGUUGUGCAAGAAGCGAGAAGGGCCAGAAGAUGAAGACUCUGCGAGGAAGUUGUGCGAUGCUAUCUUAGCUGGAGAGAGCUUAGAGGAGCUUAUACCUAAGAUUGUGUCGUGCUCGGCGCUGUCGGCGGCGGUGCGGGCGGCGGCGCGCGGCCACGUGCGCGCGCUGCACGCGCUGCGGCUCGCCGGCGCCGCGCUCGACGCCGCCGACACCAACAUGCGCACGCCGCUCAUGCACGCCGUCCUGGAACUUGGUGACAAAGAUAAAAAAGGCAAAGAAAAACUCAAACCAAGUCCACAUAAAGAUAACCCUGAGGAAAUAGAGAUGGAUGUGGACGGAGAGGGGGAAGGAGAGAAAGUGGAAGAUAAAGAGGACAAGACUGAUGAUACGAGUGAUGUGGAGACUGACCCGGUGAAGGAUGAAGACCUCAUCAAAGUGAUCCGGUACUUGGUGGCCGCUGGGUGCGAUGUCAAUCUCGCGGACCUGGAAGGCAUGACGGCGCUGCACAUGGCGGCGCAGCGCGGCGCGGCGGAGGCAUGCAGCGCGCUGGCAGCCGCGCCCGCGCUCGACGCGCGCGACGCGGGCGGCUGGACGCCGCUCGUCUGGGCCGCCGAGAACGACCGCGCCGACGUCGUCAGAUUGCUGCUGUCCCGCGGCGCGGACGCGUCGUCGGUGGACGAGGAGGGCAACGCGGCGGUGCACUGGUGCGCGGCGGCGGGUGCUGCGCGUGCGCUGGUACAGUUGCUGCGCGCCGCACCGCACGCUGCACACGCACGCAACGCGCACGCCGACACGCCGCUGCACGUUGCGGCGCGGCAAGGUCACUACGCCUGCGUCGUCAUAUUGCUGGCGCAGGGGGCUAGAACGGACGUGGAGAACUCCGCGGGUGAGUUGCCGGCGGACGUGUGCACAGGCGCAUGUCACAGCGCCAUCUCGCUCAACAUGCAGAUGACGCUCGCUAUGGGUGGUCACGUGCCGCGCAGGAGGCUGCUUUGCAGUGACAUUUCGAACGGUCGCGAGGCGUUCCCGAUCCCGUGCGUGAACGAGGUCGACGACGAGCCGGCGCCGGACGAGUUCACGUACGUGACGCAACACGUCAUGCCGCACCACCUGCACAUCGACGACACCGUAGAAACGUUGCAGGGUUGUGAGUGUAAAGGCGGCGACUGUUCGGCGGGCGCGGGCGGCGGCGAGUGCGCAUGCGUCACGCUCAGUGUGCGGCGCUGGUACGCGCGCGGCCGUCUGCGCGCCGACUUCCCCUACCACGAUCCGCCAAUGCUGUUCGAGUGCAACCACACUUGCGCAUGCAAUUUGAAAAAGUGCGCGAACGCGGUGGUGACGCGCGCGCGGUCGCUGGGCGCGACGUUCGUGCACACGGAGGUGUUCCGCGCGGGCGGCGCGCGCGGGUGGGGGCUGCGAGCCACGCGGCGCGUCGCGCGCGGCUCGCCCGUGGCCGCCUACUGCGGGGAGCUGCUGCCCGCCGCCCGCGCCGACACGCGCGCCGCCGACCACUACAUGUUCGCGCUCGACGUCAAGGACGACCUGCUGGAGCAAUGCGUAGACAAGACGCAGCUGUGCGUGGACGCAGCGGUGUACGGCAGCGCGGCGCGGUUCAUGAACCACAGCUGCCGGCCCAACGUGGCGCCGGUGCGCGUGUUCACCGCCUGCCGCGACCUGCGGCUGCCCGUCGUCACGCUCUUCGCCACCAAGGACGUGCAGCCCGGGGACGAGCUCACGUUUGACUAUGGCGAUAAGUUCUGGUCGGUGAAAUCCAAGUGGAUGAAGUGCGAGUGCGGAGCGCCCACCUGCAGGUAUCCAGUGAAGGCAGAUUCGGAAGAAGCAGAGACUUAAUCACAAUACGCGUCGGAAGUGAUUUCGAACAUAUAUUAACGAAUUAUAAAUCGUGUAAUAAUGAUUUUGUAGAUAUUUAUUUACAAUAGUACUAUGCAAUCAAGAACAUAAUAAAUCAUUUUCCUUUCUUUA